CUCUGGAAAUGCUGGACUGGGAGACCAGUGGGUUGAAGAACAGAAAGACCGACCAUUUGUAGUUCAUCUUCUAGAAAUAGAAUAUGAGGAAGGAAACAGUUUCAUUCCAUUUAGCACAAGCCAUUUAAUUUGGACAUCAGUGAACUCCGGCAAGGCAGAUCUCUCCUGGAUGUUAGCUGGAUCCCAGCAGCAUCAUGCCUGAGCAAAGCAACGAUUACCGUGUGGCUGUGUUCGGGGCAGGGGGCGUCGGGAAGAGCUCCCUGGUCUUGAGGUUCGUGAAAGGCACAUUCCGGGAGAGCUACAUCCCCACGGUGGAAGACACCUACCGGCAGGUGAUCAGCUGUGACAAGAGCAUUUGCACGUUGCAGAUCACAGACACCACGGGCAGCCACCAGUUCCCGGCCAUGCAGCGGCUGUCCAUCUCCAAGGGGCAUGCCUUCAUCCUGGUGUACUCCAUCACCAGCCGGCAGUCCCUGGAGGAGCUCAAGCCCAUCUACGAGCAGAUCUGUGAGAUCAAGGGGGACGUGGAGAGCAUCCCCAUCAUGCUGGUGGGGAACAAGUGUGACGAGAGCCCCAACCGCGAGGUGGAGAGCAGCGAAGCGGAGGCCUUGGCCCGCAAGUGGAAGUGUGCAUUCAUGGAGACCUCGGCCAAGCUCAACCACAACGUGAAGGAGCUCUUCCAGGAGCUGCUCAACCUGGAGAAGCGCAGGACCGUGAGCCUCCAGAUCGACGGCAAGAAGAGCAAGCAGCAGAAGAGGAAAGAGAAGCUCAAGGGCAAAUGCGUCGUCAUGUGAAGGUUCUUCUCCAGGGAGGAGAGUGGCGUGUCCCAUCUCCCUGUCUCCCCCCCGACCCCCACGUGAAACCCACAGCCAUCAGGGUAGCAUGUCAGAUGCCCACGUGUUCAAUGUUGCAUUUCAACCAAGACAUGCCCGGUUGUCCUUGGAGAGGGCAUGUCAUGCGUACACCACCGGUCAGCAUCCCCUCCGGGAUCAGGGAAUCUGCCAGACAAGGAAGUGGAGACAGGAUCCCAGGGAUUGAGGCACACCAGCCAUUUCUGAAAGCACUUUUGCAUUAGGAGGCAGCAGAACUGGUCCCCCAGGGGAGCAUGUGUGUGCAGAAAGAAGCCACCUUCCCCUGUGUCAUGCAUGGGCGAGCAUGUGAACCCGCGGCUGCAAAUCAUGCUGCAGACCAGAAGCCAAGGACAUCGUGACAGAGGGAAGGACCAGGAAGAGGGGAGGAGACCAUAGCCAAAGUCAUUCUCUCCCUGGUGGUUUUGAGCUGUACUUACUAUGAAAAUAAAUCUCACAUGGAAAAUCCAGUAGAUUUUCACUGCCCACCCCUAGCUGGUCCCUGAGCCCUGCCACCCCAAGGGAUGUACUGACCUCUCCAGACCUCGCUAGCAACUGUUGUUUUAGCCUUUCGAGUAUUUCUGUCUGCGUCCCAUACUGAGUCCACUCGAGCAUGCUGCUCCAUCAGAAGCAUGUCACUGUUGAAAUGAGGCCACCGCGACAUUGUCCAAACACCACAGCUCCCUGUCUGUGAGACUUCCAGGGUUUUCAAAAUGUGAAGUUUCCUUCCUGGACCCACGAUAGGGUAUAACUUCUUCCAGCCCUCAGAUUUUAAAGAAAAGCAAUUAAAGCAGCUCUUUUUAGACCUUUUCCCCAUCUCCUCCGAGGAGGUUUUCUUUUUCUAAAUAACUUGGUCUGUCUCCAGCUCGGGAACAGCCAGCAAAGGCCAUCAAAGCACAGAAGCACACUGUUUUCUAAACGACACAAACAUGCAUAUGCCAUACUUCGCACCUUACAGGGAUACUUUGAAACAGAAUUCCUUCACUGUGUUUUUGAUGAUCUGUCUAGAACAGAGUUCUAUUCCUGGAAAAUGUGCUCAAGUGAUAGUAGAUUAUCUUGCAUGUUUCGUCAUAAGUGUCAUGGAAGAGCUGUUCAGUGCAGCAUUUCUCUGGACACAUGAUCCUUUGUCUUUCCAACCCAACUGUGGACCCUGCCGAUUCCUGCCUGCUGGGCCAGGGUAGAGACAGGCCCCGAUCUGGGUUGUCAAGAGCAGGGUCGUGUUUGUUCCUGCCACAGCUGCUCUGCCCUCAGCUAGUCUGGCUCUGCUUCCUGAAGGUGCCUGUGAGUUCUCUUUGUUCCAGGCAGCACAGGGCUGACUCCUGUCCCCACACCCCUCAGGCUGGGAACAGUCCUGCUCCUUUGGGAUUGAUUCCAACACAGGCCAUGUUCUCAAGUUCAGGACGAGUGUGGGCCCCUCUUGUUAACCCUUUUGCUAUUUCUGUCUAAAUGUCCUGGCAGGGCCAGGGAGAGAAGGAGAGCUUGUACCCUGCAGACCAUCCCCUGUGUCACUUGCUCGUUAAUCUCUCUGGUGUGAGUCUUGACUUUGUUGCUCCUGUCUGCUCUGCUCCUGACUCUCUGGAGGGAUUAGGAGAGGGGCAGAACCACAGGAACCAUGGGCUUUAAGGUUUUCCCCUGGCCUAGGCCUCUGGGAGGGAACCCUGAGCAAGAAGAUCUGGGAGGUGGCCAGAAAUCCCCACCAGAUGGCGGCCCCCUUCAUUCUCUUGAUCUCCUGGGGGCUUUUUGCUCCCACAAAGCUAGCUGUCCACAGACCCACAGGAAUAGAUCUAGUUGGCAAUAUUCAAGAAUAUUUGUGCUUUCAGUUUCUCUCUACCUUUAUCUUUCCCCCUCUUUCAGUUCUCAGAGGUAUCAAUGUGUAAUGUGGAUAUGGAUUAGGUAGAAGGAGGCAGAAGUUGAUGCCGUGAUGGGAUUUAGAGAGUUUUGGGGGAUCCUCUGGACUCCAAGGCAGGUAGGGUGCCAAGUCUGCAGGCUUCUUAGCUGAGCUCUGCCUUUGGCCCUGACUUUCCAGACUGGUGGAAGUUAGAACAUCUUUGUACUCUCUCCCAGUAGUGUCUGUGUUUCUAAGAUUGUAGAGCCUCAUCAAUACGACAAGCUUCUGAUGACCAUACAGUGAGUCCCACUCUGGACACCUUUUGUGUGCUUUGGUCCCGAGUUGACAGGAGGAAUCGAAGCCUCAAUGAUAGGUCUUUGUUCUGAGAUCAUCUCCUAUGGGCUGCAUGGAGGGCGUUGAUGAGCACCUCAAGAUAAUCUUUUAGGAGCUCCUCAAAUGACUCAGGGCUCGAGGACUUAGUUUGCUUGGAUCUGAUGUUUUUAGCAUUCAUGUGGCCCCUUCCCCAGAUACAUGGUUGUGGUACUUGAAGACCUGUGCUGUGUUGUUCAGGGGCACAGAAGUUUUUUUAACGCAGUCACAGUAAGUGAUACCACUCAGAAUAUUGCUUCUCCAGUGGCACUUCGGGCAUCAGCAUGGGGCUCUGUGAGUUCCCUUCUGUCCCUGCUAGCCCCUCCUCCAUCUGGUGACAAGCCAUGGGCGUGCCCUGGGCAUGCAUGCAAUACAGCAAGACCAACACAAGAGCAAUAUUGAAUUGUUCAUUAGAUCUACAAUUAUCUAUGUAAUAUAUAUCAUUUAUCUUCCUGCAUUUUUGAAGUAUAAAGUAGUACAUUGUACAUAUCUGUAAGCUAGGAUAUUUGUUUCACUGUUUCUAAUACUAAGAAAUGCUCAUUCUUUGUAGAACAAAAAACAUAUUAAAAUUAUUUAAAAAUUGCUCUGUGAUACUUAAUUUUCCCCUCCAAUUUGUAAUCUGUUGUUCCUACAUGCACCUCUGAAAAUAACCGUAACUCACAGGAUACCUUGUAAACCCUCAAAGCUUUGCCCUGAAACCUCAUUCCCCACCAAGAAGCCCAUAGAUAGAGUAUUUACAGAGCAUGACUUUUAUACAUGUGGGAUAUCAAUGUGUAUAUUUAUACUUAAGGUGUAUUUAUUGCUAUAAUUCCAUUAUCUACUCUAUUUUAUUUACUCUGCAAUUAUAAAAACCAUUCUUGCAUACAAGUUUCUAGUUGCCAGUAAUGUUCUGAAAACAAUAAAAAUCUAUUAAAAUAAAGCUUCAGCUCUGAUGCCAUGA